CUGACUGGUCAUGUCCUUCUCCACAAACUUAUUUGCUGACACUGGGCUUCCGAAACAAAGAAGUUGGAAAAUUUCUAGAAAAGAUGUCUUGCAGGAAGUUGCUGACAUUUUCAGAUCAUAAAGCUCCUUUCAGCCCUCUCACUAAAGAAGAAGCAGGGAGACAUCUGGAGACCAUUGGGAAAAGAAUCUUGCCAAUCAUGGAUUUCAUUAGAGGCACCAAAUUAACUGAGACCUUCUGUGCAUGUUCAGGCAUGAUAGAGAAGCUGCAGCAUGCCAGCCUCCUUGGCCGCUUGCAGCGUGUCAAGGAGCAGUCCCAAGUGAUCAAUCAAGCCAUGGCUGAGCUUGCCACCAUUCCCUACCUCCAGGAUAUCAGCCAGCAGGAUGCUGAAUUGCUGCAGUCACUAAUGGCAGAUGCCAUGGACACCCUCGAAGGAAGGAAAGGCGAUAAAGAACGUGUCUGGAAUAAAAUAGAAAAGGUGGGAAUAAUAGAAGACUUCUUAUACCAAUUAGAAGAUAGUUUCUUAAAGACCAAGAAACUCAGAACAGCGAGGAGGCAGAAAAUGAAAAUGAAGCGGCUUCAAAGUGAACAGCCGUGCUAGGCCUGCUAGGAGGAAAGAGGCUCCCAUCCUGCACCAGAGAUGGCAAGAGAGGACAUUAAUAUAGCAGGAGUUUGACAGCUGGGACAACAAAGGCUGGCCUUCAAAUUAAUGAGGUGUCCCCUCCUGUACAGCUCAUCUUUAGCAACCAGCUCCUGCACUUCAUUAGUCUCAUCUGACAGGAA